AUGGCUUCCAAGCAGCAGUCGGCAACGCAGCAGUUACUGUUGCGCGGCCACUCUCCCGACUCGGCGAAUCGAAUUUUCGCCGACAAGAUCCAGCACCGGCCUCUCCUCCUGCGGGCCUCCUCCCCGCCGGCAUCCAACGCCCGAGACGAACGCCGCAAGGCACGCAUAAAGAAAGAGAAGGAGCGGAAGAAGACGCUCAAGCCCAAGCCGCUGUCGGCCUGCCAGAAGAGAAAGCUCGGCCUCUACGACGUGCCGAAGGAGGGGCGGAAAUAUGCGCUCUUCGAGCCCCUACACCGCCUGUGGCUGGGCUACAUGCGCGAGAUCCUGGGCAACGAGCUCUACACGGGCGGGCAGGGCGCGGCCGCGAAGCUGAGCAGCGCCGACUUCCACGGCGCCGAGGUCGAGGUCGUGCGCAGCGGCUGCGUGAGCCGCGUGGGCAUCAAGGGCAUCGUGAUCAAGGACACCAGGUUCGCGUUCGAGGUCAUCACCCGCGGGAACGCGCUGAAGAUUGUGCCCAAGGAGGGGACCGUGUUUCGCAUCGAGGUCGUUCCUGCCAAGGGCGGGGACGCUGCUCCGGAACCAGGCGAUCAAGGCGAGGAAGCAGGGCCAGGGCAGCAGCAGCCAGGCAGUACGACGACGAUGGUAUUCGAGAUCCACGGCGACCAAUUCAUGUAUCGAUCCGCGGACCGCGCCAACAAGAAAUUCAAGGCGCAUUUCUUGAAGAAGAUAUGA